AGGUUCGGCAAACUUUGACGAGUCUCAAAAACUAGGAGGCACUAAACCGAAUGUUCGUCGGAGAAAAUCGUCAUUCGUCCAUUCCGUGUGCUGUGAUACUUGUUCCUUAUGUUCCAAAUGUCCUUGUUCGUCCCCUGCCGCCCCCCGCCGGCCAGGGGCAUUUAGAGACUCAGGGGGUACAUCACCUCAUAUCAGUGAGCCUUACAUGGCCCCCGAUAAAAGUUGGGGUAGAGCCCCAGAGAAAUUAUUUAGUCAGAGAAAUGUUCUGCUUUUGUCAUUCUUCCUAGUCAUCCUCGCUUCAAAUACAGAUGCCUGUUCCUCCCGGUCUACGCCGAAACCCCGUCCGCCGUCUCCAACUAUGCGCCCCAACAUCACGUUCCAAACCUACGCCUGUCCGCCGGCAUACGCCGCCUGGUAUUGUCUAAACGGCGCAACAUGUUUCACAGUCAAAAUCGGCAUUUCCAUUCUCUACAAUUGCGAAUGUGCAGACGGAUUUAUGGGACAACGAUGCGAGUUUAAAGAUCUGGAUGGAUCUUAUCUACCGACCAGAGAGAGAUUAAAGAUGGCGGUCACGUCUGUGCGCGCUGCCGCGUCCAGUGCUCCAAUUGGACUUGUUAUCAUAGUCGUCUUCGUUAUUCUGGCUGCAGUGGUCUUCACGAAAAGGAGAACAAGGGCUAAACUGAAGAGGAUAGAGCUAGAGAGGAGUGAAUAUUCAGAGGAAGGAGACACUAGUUUUGAAAGCACAGAUUUCUCCACAGAUCUAUCUGCAGAUUCUUCCCAAGAAAGGUUUUGGAAAGAAACCGAAUCUUCGCCUCCUGCCUCCGCCCCGACACCAACCAGAUCAAAUAACAACAACUCGCCGCCAAGCCCGAGAGCUUCUUGCUCUUUAACGCCAAAAUUCACCAAAAUAUAUACCAGCCAUCCGGCAGCCGCCGAUCAGUCAACAAAAGUAUCAUCCAAGUCAUAUUUAGAGUCACCAAAACAGUUAGCUAACCUAUCACCAAUCGGUGAUGUUCACCAUAGAGCUUUUAGACCAGUAUAUUUGCCACGGGAAAGCCCGCGAAACUCCAUUUUUGAAAACUCCCGAUUAGAAAAUCUACGAACACGGUUUUUGGAAAAUCCACGAAGCGUGUUUGGCGGAAAGGAGAGCCAGGCUGUGAUGAACAAUACACUCUCUUAUAAAGUAGAAUCCAGCUGGAGAAAUCAGGUGGAAAUCUAGUCUGGACAUUAGAGAGCUAUUCAAGUUGGAGUUUGGAAGAUAGAUAGAUAGCUAGUGAUCUAGAAAGCCAGCCAACUAGCUUGACCCAAACACUGGAAAUUUUGAUCUCAGCACCUAUAAGAGGCUCCACUGGAUCUCUUAAAGCUUAUGAAAAUGUGAACAUAUGUAAUUCAUGAUAUAAAACCAAGAUGGAAAACAUCAAAUACCAUCAAUUGUUACUUUAUGCUUAUAUUUAAAAUCCUUAAUUAUAUUCUGUUAAUUUGUUAGAUAGAUAGAUAGAUUAACUAACAUUUUUAUCUUCAUUAAAAUUCACAAACAUAGUUCCUUAAACAACUUGGCAAUUUUUCAUAUCAGUUCCUUUUUAAUAAUCUUUAUGAAAGCAUGUGAUAGCGCCAUUUAAUUUAUAUAUCUGCUAGCCCCCCUCCCCCCUCUAUAAUUGUUAGUACCCCCUGUUCCAACCAAUAUAUCAAGUAAUUUGUGGAUUUUAGUAGGAACAGCAUUUUUCAUUGCAGGGCCGGGCUUUGGUUUGGAUCGGGGGUGGGGGUCAUAGGGGGGUUGUUAUGUUAUUAAGAUAGCACACAAAACAGUAGUUUUUAUAUACAGUAUAUAAUGUAAAAUAUAUAGAAUUAAACUUA